GUUUUAACGUCCCCGUUAGCCGAUGAAUCUAUUUAAGCUCUCGCAUCAUGAUAUUUCCGUCAGAGUUGAGCUUUUAACCGCGUAAAAUUGUAAACUCGGAGUGAAAUUCAAGUUUUCAUUUUGCAUUUUCAAAUAUGUCAACCGUUCCUUUGAUGUAUCGCGAUUGGUGGGACGAUUUAGAUCGACCCAAUCGAUUGUUGGAUCAAUAUUUUGGUAGCGGACUCAAUCGAGAUGAUCUUUUCUCGUCAUUUUCAAAUUUGGCUUUAAUGAGACCGCGCUCAACUUUUGGAAAUAGUUCCUAUUAUCGACCGUGGAGAAACGUGGUUCGUCAAAGUUCAGGCGGUGCAAGCACCAUUCAAACCGAUAAAGAUAAAUUCCAGGUGAUUUUGGAUGUUCAGCAAUUUUCACCGGAGGAAAUCACGGUGAAGACACGGGAUAAUUUUGUUAUUGUUGAAGCCAAACACGAGGAGAAGCAAGAUGAACAUGGAUUUGUUGCUAGAAGUUUUAUCCGAAGAUAUGUUCUGCCAACAACUCACGAUGUGAUGCAAGUCACCUCAUACCUUUCCUCGGACGGUGUUUUAACAAUAACGGCACCCCAAAAGACGGUAACACCCAGUGGUGCCGAAAGGCUCAUCGAUAUCGUGAAAACUGGAACACCGGCAGAGAAAAAAGAAGAAAAAUCAGAAUCAAAGGAAACGAAAAUCACAACUGAAUUUACAUAAAUUUGAAAAAGAAAUAAAAAAAAAAAAAUUUAUGUAACAAUUUAUAUAAACCUUUUUUUUUGUAUACGUUUUUACACGGUAUUAAAUGUUAUUAAAAAUUAGAUAAUUUUUAUGGAUAAAAAAUAAAAUUUGCAAUCUUU